AUGAUUUAUGGACCUGACGCAUCAAAUUGUCCAAUUAAAAAACAAGUUCUCUAUUCUGGAAAAGAAGUAAUCGAUUUUUCAGAUGACAUGAAGCUCUUCAUUCAUUAUCAAACAUUGACUAAGGAUGGCACAGUAAUUGAUGAUUCUAAGCAACAUAAAAAACCUUUGGAACUAACACUUGGUCAUAAAUUUAAAUUAGAAUGUUGGGAACAAUGUCUAAAAACAAUGCGAUUAGGUGAAGUUGCAAAAUUUUCAAUCGAGAAACAUCUUUUAGGAAAUUACGCAACUGUAGCAAAACAGAUACGUGAUUAUUACAAAAAUCAGACAUCACCCAACAAUCAUCAUCACGAUGAGGGUGCAAAUCAUCAUCAUUGUUGUGGAUUUAUGGCAUUAGAACAAGGACUUGGUUACAAAGAUUUAGAUCGGUUACUGCGCGAACCAGAACCGUUGGAUUUCAUUUUUGGUAAAUAUUGA